AUGGUUCACUCUUUCCCCCUCUUGUAUUCUCGAGUCAACAUAAUCCUGACCUUAAUCGGUUAUGCGCACAGUUUCUCGACGUUCCAAUGGCCUAACCCCCAGUUGAGAUACGCGGAUAACCAACUCUACGAGGGUUCUAUGGGCAUCCUUGUACAAGACUGUCCCUCACGGGAAAACACCACAAUUCCCGCACAGUGGCUUCGUAUCGCGUACCAUGAUAUGUCGACCCAUGAUAUCGACGACGGCUCAGGAGGGCUGGACGCAUCGAUCCAGUAUGAACUCGAUCGACCUCAGAACAUUGGCCAAGGAAUGAUUGAUUCAUUGAACGAUUUCAAGGCUUUUCGCAUUGCUACCCCGUUUUUUGGAAUGGCGGAUACAAUCGCAUUGGGGGCUGUAUUUGCUGUCGCAGGAUGUGGAGGUCCUCUUAUCCCUUUCAGUGCUGGUCGUGUCGACGCGACCGAACCCGGUCCCGAAACAGUCCCAGAGCCCCAACAGGAUCUCGCCUCGCACACAGAAGCCUUCCGGCGCCAGGGAUUCUCCCCUACAGAAAUGAUAGGUUUAGUCGCGUGCGGACAUACUCUUGGAGGGGUUAGACAAGUGGAUUUUCCGUUGAUUGUAACGGAUACUGAAGACGUGGUUCAAAGUUUCGACACCACCAUUAAUUUUGAUAACGCAGUUGUAUCCGAGUACCUUCAAAACACAACUCAAAAUAUCCUAGUUGUCGGACCGAACGUCACCACCAGGUCAGACUUCCGGAUUUUUGCUAGUGAUGGAAAUGUAACUAUGCAAAGCUUCCUUUCCUCCGAUACCUUCGCUGAAACCUGCAAGGAUUUAAUUGGGCGUAUGAUCAACACUGUUCCCAACGGUGUGACCCUAUCUCAACCUAUCUCCGAGCCGUUCGACUAUGUCGUCAUGACCGAAAACCCCAGUCGUACAGUGACUAUGCUCUGGGUUGAUCGGCAGGGAUCAUCCUGCCCGCCCAUUGGAUGCACUUCUCCAUCAAUAUCAACGCAACAGGUCGUCUUUAGUCUCAUUGGCAACCUCCAAGGUCUUACAGGAACACGUUAUUCAUUCAAUGCGACUAUCAAUGCGUCCACGUCAAUAUCGAAAUUUUGGUUCGAAAUCAACGAAAACGACGGCUCUGACCCCAUCGUAGUCGACAACGGUGGUUCAGGCUUCGUUAUCGAGCAAGAUUCAAUGUUCAUCGAUAAUAGCCGUAGCGAGAAUGUUCUUCUAUCUUCGUCUUUUAAUGAAUACCGCAAAGUCGUCGUGGCGGUCCGUGGUGACACUUCUUCCAGCGUGUCAAUCACUACGUUUGAUCCAAAUUCGGAUGCUUCAGCCCCUCCAUACCUGCUGACAGUCAUUACAACCAAUCUACAACUCGACGACAGCAAUCCAUCCGAAGGGGGAUUCACUUUUUUUACUGUCAAUAUCAGCGAGACUGUGAACUUUGUGAGCAUCUCUGGGAAUAUUGGUGGCGUGUCGUAUGUUCAAGAGAACUUUGACAUGACUGUAGUUAAUUUUGCGUUUGUAACGAUUUCGUAG